AUGCACGCGUCGGCAUGGGACCAGCUGCGGCAACGCCGAGCAGGCUUUACGCUCUGGAAUCUCUCCCUCUUUCUCGUGGCCUCGAUGCUUCAGAGCCCAAGCCUCUUGGCCAUCAGCUUUGCAUCCAGCCUCGGCGUCAUCACCUCGUUUCACCUCGGCUGGAUUCAGGACACCACUGGUGUGGCCCGGCUCAUCAAGCGCAAUGGCUUGCCCACGGGUCUUGUCUUUCACUUCUACAACUUUAUCAUGCACAUUCUCCCGCCCAUCGUGGUGGCGCUCAACCUAUACUACAAGGGCUGGCCCUGCCGCACCCACCACGGCCUCAUUGCCGCCAUCUUCCACUUGACUUGGGGUUUGAUCGAAUCACGUGGCCAUCUCCUUCUCGAUGACAUUUACGUGGACAUGGACCCCUUCCACUGGCAUCAAAUGUGGCUCUGUGGCUUGAUCUUUGAGGUCUGGGUUGCCCCGGCGCUCUUCUAA